AAUAAAUUAAGCGCACCAGACAAGCUCCUGACGCCCUGGCUUAAUAGUUUUUUGCCGUGUGCACAGCACUUGCUCGCACAGCUCACUCAACAAGCUUGGCCUAGCGCUGUCCUCGGGAUGGCCACGAAAGGCCAACCCGUAUAUAAUGUUUACCCGUUAACCAAUUACACGUUUGGCAACAAGCAGCCAAAGCUCGAGAAGGACACGAGCGUGCAGGAGCGGCUAGCGCGGCUUCGGAGUAGCUAUGAGCAACACGGCAUGCGGCGAUCGGUAGAGGCGGUCCUGGUGGUGCAGGAGCACAACACGCCGCAUGUGCUCCUGCUGCAGCUUGGGCUGAACCACUUCAAACUGCCCGGGGGGCGGCUACGGCCGGGCGAGGAAGAGGUGGAGGGCCUGCGCCGCAAGCUGACCAACACACUGGCCCCCGCCAACCCCUCGCUGCACAUCACUUGGGACGUGGGGGAGGUGCUGGGCGUGUUCUACCGGCCCAACUUCGACACGGUGUUUUACCCCUACGUGCCGCCGCACAUCACCCGGCCCAAGGAGAGCCGCAAGCUGUUUGUGGUGCAGCUGCCCGAGCGCUGCGUGUUCGCGGUGCCCAAGAACAUGCGGCUGGUGGCGGUGCCGCUGUUUGACCUGCACGACAACCUGCCCCGGUACGGCCCGGUUAUAACCGCACUGCCUGCCGUACUGUCCCGGCUGCGGCUCAACCUGCAGUUUGUACUGCCGGCGGCGCCGCCGCACGGGCACGGGGGGCAGCAGCAGCAGCAGCAGGGGCAACACGGGCAGCAGGACGGACAUUUCCCGCCCUAGCGUGGGGGCGAUUGCGUGUGUGUUCGUGCGGGAGGGGAGGCAGUGCGUGUUGAAGGCGUGGUGGAAUUGUUGAUGCGUGGUGGCGGUGUGACGUUUGCUGUGGCGCCUUGUCCUUGGCCUGCUUCCAAGGGGCCACCGCCGCAGCUGCUGCAGGCCUGUAGGUAGCAGCAUCAGCAGCCAGGCAUGAGGGAGGCAUGGCGGCGGCAUCGUGCUUUGCAAGCACGAGGGGAAUCUACUUUUCGCCGGGUUUGCGGUUGAGUUGGGGCGCCCCUGCGGGGUGUGAUGUGCAUGGUUUGCCGGCUUGAUGCGGCUGACAACAGCACGUAAGGCGCGGGGGCUGCCAGCGGUUGGAGGUGAAGCGCGGCUGCAGCGGCUGUGACGGCAGGAUGUAGCGAGCUGCGAGCGGCGGGUCCGACGGAGGGGUUGCGGAGUUGGCAUCUGUCAUUGGCAUGCUGCGGACAGCAGGCGGCGGCCUGGGAGCUGGGCCAGGGUCGCCGCGUUGUGGAGCGGCCGCCGCAUAAGCUGCACGAACUGAAUUUGGUGAAGUGGAGGGUUGCGGGGUGUGUGGAGGAGGAACCAAGAGGAGCAGAGAGGUAGGGCAGGGCAGGCGUGGUGGCGAGCUGACGACUGUGGCCGGCCCAUGACACGGCCGUGCCAAACACAAUGCAUCAACACUGAG